UUAGAGGCUCGUCGCGCCUGCGUAAAGGGCCCCACGGCGUGCUGCGUCGUUACUUUUGAAACGAUUGGCGGGGAACUGUUGUGGUAGCCGCCGCGGUGGUCUCAGGCUGAGUGGAAGCGUGUGUCUUCGUCUGCGGGCCGAGCCAUGGCGCUGCAGCUCUCCCGGGAGCAGGGCAUCACUUUGCGCGGGAGCGCCGAGAUCGUGGCCGAGUUCUUCUCAUUUGGCAUCAACAGCAUUUUAUAUCAGCGUGGCAUAUAUCCAUCUGAAACCUUUACUCGAGUGCAGAAAUAUGGACUCACCUUGCUUGUAACUACUGAUCUUGAGCUAAAAAAAUACCUAAAUAAUGUGGUGGAGCAACUAAAAGAUUGGUUAUAUAAGUGUUCAGUUCAGAAACUGGUUGUAGUCAUCUCAAAUAUUGAAAGUGGUGAGGUCCUUGAAAGAUGGCAAUUUGAUAUUGAGUGUGACAAGACUGCAAAAGAUGACAGUACACCCAGAGAAAAAUCUCAGAAAGCUAUCCAGGAUGAAAUUCGUUCAGUGAUUAGACAGAUCACAGCAACAGUGACAUUUUUGCCACUGUUGGAAGUUUCUUGUUCAUUUGAUUUGCUGAUUUAUACAGACAAAGAUUUAGUUGUACCUGAAAAAUGGGAAGAAUCGGGACCACAGUUCAUUACCAAUUCUGAAGAGGUCCGUCUUCGUUCAUUUACUACUACCAUCCACAAAGUGAAUAGCAUGGUGGCCUACAAAAUUCCUGUCAAUGACUGAAGAUGAAAUGAGGACAAUAGUGUAAUUUUAAUUUUCACAUGUGGUUUUCCUGAAACCAAGUCAACUGUAGUUGAUAUGCUUUAUUUCCUUGGUUAAUUUUUAGAUGGGGGAAAACCAACAUCAUAUUUUACUGAACUGUGUGUAAUUGUUACAUUUUUUUUGGUACCUGUUUGACUUUCAGUAGGGUUGGAAUAGUGAAUUUAUUGCACAUUGUUCAAAAGGAACCAGCAGCAUUUUAAUGUUAAUUCCUUUGAAGGUGGUAACUGUAGGUGGGAAAAGUUUUGCUAUAAAGCUAAAUGCUUAUAUAAAUAAGACAUUUUGGUCAAGUAGCUUGACUUAGUAUAAAUAAGGAGAUAUUUAAAUAUAAAAUACAACAAAAGUCUGAGUAUUCAGAAUCUUUGCUUGGAUCUUGAAAGUAACUAAUAACCCAUAAACAAUGGAAAAUAUUGUUCUAUUAGGUCUUUGUCAUUUAUUUCAUUGUAUAGUUUCUAUAUUGAAUAAUUUUCCAAUUAUCUGAUUUUAAUUUAGAUAACUUGAUCCCAUGAAGCAAUGAAUAUUUCUACUGUUAAUUUCCAGUGGUGCAGAAUUCUUGGGAAAAGGGAGCUUAAAACAAAAAGUACUUAUCUUUCACAUUUUUAUGAAUCAAAUUUAAAUACAGCUUAGCUUGAUGGUUCUGGCUUAGGGUCAAGUUGUUGGCUGGGGUUACUGUCAUCUAAAAAUGUCACUGGAACUGUAGGAUCCACUUCCGGGAUGAUUCAGUUACAUGGCAAUUGGCAGAAGGCUUUAAUUCCUUGAUGAAUUUUGACAGAACUCUUAAAAAUUAUUUUUAUGUUUUACAAAAUCAAGCUUUAAGUGAAAAUGAGGAAAUAAAGUUAAAUUUGUAUGUUGUAAAUAAAUUUAUCUUAAAAUGUUUUUAUAUUGGUGUGGUGUUAAUACAACUAAAUGUGAUUAGAAUGGAUUCAGCAUAGCAAAUUAAUUCUUUUGCCUACUAGGUUGUAGGGCUUAAGGAUACAGAGUUGAGUAAGUCUCAAGGUACUUUCAGUCUAAUGGAUAAGCUUUGAUAAUACCCCCUAAGCCUAUGACUUCAUCAUUGUAAAAGGAUGUCAUUUGAAAUUAAUUCCACAGUUCCAGCUUAAUAAAUGUUAACUAAUACUUUUUUAUAUUCUUAGUCUUACAUAUUUAAAUAUCAUGCUUAUUCCUGUGUUUUCAUUAAUACCUUCAUCAGGUAUGUGCUUUCUAUCUACUGCUCACCUGUUUUUUCAAGGUCAGUUUACAAAUUUGCCUUAAA